AUGUUAAGGAAAAACAAAACAUUAAUUUUUAAAUACUUUCUUAACCUCAUUAAUGGAGCUUUCUUGGCUCUUGGACUUUUACUCAUGGGAUUUGGUGCAUGGCUUUUAUUAGAUAGAAAUAAUUUUUUCACAGCUUUGGAUGAAAAUAAUCACUUGAUAGUAUAUAUUUUGAUUGGAACUGGUUCUGCUACUGUUCUUCUUGGUCUCUUCGGUUAUUUGGGAAUUCACAAUGAAAUCAGAUGGCUUCUAAUUCUGUAUGCAGCACUGUUAAUGUGGGUCUUUGGUGUUCAAGUUGUACUUUCAGCACUCAUCUUCACAAAGAAAGAGGAGGUUCACCAAAUAUGGCAUGAUAAAAUUGAUUCAGUCAUUUCUGAAUAUGGAUCUAAGGACUUGCCUGAAGACAUACCCAAGUGGACAAUUCUAAAUGCCUUGCAGAAAACAUUACAGUGUUGUGGCCAAAAAAAUUACACAGAUUGGAUGAAGAAUAAGAAUAAAGAAAAUUCAGAACAGGUGCCAUGUUCCUGCACAAAUUCUACAUUAAGAAAGUGGUUUUGUGAUGAGCCACUGAAUGCAACUUACCUAGAGGGUUGUGAAAAUAAAAUCAACACAUGGUAUCAUACUAAUGCUUUAACAUUAAUUGGAAUUAACUUUGGACUUUUGGCUUCAGAGGUUUUGCAAUUCUCAUUAACCGUUUCCUAUAUCAGACACAUCAAGAAUAGAAUAUAUGCAGAAAAGUGA